CCGUGCAACUACCGCCAUGGGUUUAAAGCCUUCAAUGAACCCAACAGCUUGCAAGAGAUAUCAUUAAAUAUAAGGUCCUCUUUACAGGCAGUGACUUUUUCAUCCUUAUUUUGAUCACCUAGGGACGGUGACAGGUGAAAAUAAUGCAUUGGUCACUAAGUUCUGUGGUUGGUUUGUACUUUGUACUCUAUUCGCCAAGCAUUUAUGCAUUAGACUAUGUAGCGGAAAAGACCGUGGCAUACGAGGAAUAUCCUGAUUACGCAGCCCCCACUUACGAAGGUGGCGAAAUUCCUGUGUACGAUGUUGCCAAUAACCCUCAAUAUGUUGACUAUGGCAACGUUAAACCUGACUACAAUGGAUUAGAUUAUGCAAACAAAGAGCCAGAUUACACACCUAUAAAAGACCCAGUAUAUGGAGAUUAUGUUUACGAAGGAUAUGAAUACUACGAAGACUCUACAACGCCCAAACCUACAACUAAAGCGCCCACAACAACCACAAAGGCGACGACAACCACUAAAACUACUACUACUACUACAACCGCCACUACCAGCAGAACAACUACUCAGGUGCCAUGUACCAAGAAAUCUAAGGCUGACAUCUUCUUCACGCUAGAUUCAUCUUCCAGUAUAGGCCCGGAGAACUGGAAACUCCAAAGACAGUUUGCAGCUGAAACUACUCAGGCUUUUACUAUCGGGAGCAAUGACGUGCAGUUUGGGACAUUAAUAUUCAACAGCGAAGUUUUUAAGAUUCACGACUUGAAUACUUUCAGCAGCAAGAGUGCUCUUUAUAACGCUAUAUCAAAUAUCACCUACUCCAACCUGUCUGGGACAUACACCUACCGGGCACUUCGAAAGAUACGAGAAGACAAACUGUUCAGUGCCCAGUAUGGCGGCAGGAUGACCAGUCGAAUUGUCAUUGUCAUGACUGACGGAGAGUCCACGGACAAAGUAAAGACCAAAGAUGAAGCAGCACUGUUAAAGAAAGAAGGAGUGACCAUCCUUGCAGUCGGCAUCGGCAAUGAAAUCAACAUAACAGAGCUACGAGACAUUGCCUCUGACCCCGCUAAGAAUGUAUUUAUCGCUGGCAGCUACCAGAUGCUGAAUUUGAUCAAAAACGAUUUACUGACCAUCACAUGUGAAAAGGCUUAAGCAAUAUGGAAAAAAAUGGAGUUCAUUCUGUGAUGGAGUUUUGUUUAUUCCUGGAGUUUAAAAUAAUGUGAAAUAUUGAAUGGUAUCGAUGUGACGUGUAUAACUUAUUAAGUGCCUUCCAACUUCUCAGUACAGUGUAUGCUACUGUGUUUCUUCUAGAAUGACGACUCAAUAAACAAAACAGUAUAGGAAUUGUUC